UCUCUGGCCAACAAAUAUGGACCCAUCAUGUACCUACGGCUUGGACAGAUCCCAACCAUUGUGGUCUCUUCACCUGAAGCAGCCGAACUAUUCCUCAAGACCCAUGACCCUGUUUUUGCAAAUCGUCCUCAUACUCAGGCCACUGAUUACUUAUUUUACGGCUCCAAGGGUGUGGGCUUUUCUGAAUAUGGUCCAUACUGGCGUGACAUGAAGAAACUGAGCAUCCAACAUCUUUUUAAUGCUUCAAAUCAAGAGUUGUUUGGUCAUCUUUGGAGGAAGGAGUUAAGAAUGUUGGUGAAAUCACUUGAGAAUGCUGCUACCAAGGGCGUGGUUGUGGAUAUCAGUGAGAAAGUGCAUGGGCUUUUAGAAGAUAUAGUUUAUAAGAUUAUACUGGGACGCAAUAACGAUGACCGGUUUGAUCUGAAGGGGCUCGUUUCAGAAGUUUUGAGAUUGACUGGAGCAUUUAAUCUUGCAGAUCUCGUACCUUGGUUAGGAGCAUUCGAUCUCCAGGGACUAAGGCGUCGAUGUAAGGAAAUAAGCAAAGUACUUGACCAAUUGUUUGAGAAGAUAAUAAAGGAGCACGAGCAAGCUCGUAAAACCCAGACGGAUGGGAAAAAUGAAGACUUUAUAGACAUACUACUCUCGCUAAUGCAUCAACCCAUGGAUGACGAACAAACUCAUCAAAUUACUCGAGACGACAUCAAGGCCAAUAUGCUAUCUUUGAUUUCUGCGGCAUAUGACACUGCUGCUAUUAGUGUCGAGUGGAUUCUAUCUGAACUUUUGAGGAAUCCAAGGGUGAUGAAGAAUGUACAAGAUGAGCUGGAAACUGUGGUUGGAAUGAACAGAAUGGUGGAAGAGAUGGAUUUAUCAGAGUUGAAUUACUUGAACUUGGUGGUGAAGGAGAAUUUCAGACUCCAUCCUGUUACACCAUUCAUCCCUCGAGCAUCAGCAAAGGAUGUUAUGGUUGGUGAAUACUACAUAGAGAAAAAGUCACGAAUCUUAGUAAACUUAUGGGCACUAGGACGGAAUCCUCAGAUAUGGUCGGACAAUGCUGAUGUGUUUUAUCCAGAAAGAUUUUUGAACAAUAACAUAGAUCUGCAAGGACAUGAUUUUCAAUUCCUACCAUUUGGUUCGGGACGCAGAAAAUGUCUUGGAAUGCAACUGGGUCAAACUGCAGUUCAACUGGUGAUAGCUCAACUCGCACACUGCUUCAAUUGGGAGCUUCCUUCUGGGAUGAAGCCUGAUGAUUUGGACAUGACCGAAUCAUUUGGCCUCACGUCGCCAAGAUCUAAGCAUUUGUUAGUUGAGUUAACUCGUCGCCUAUCUUCUGAGGUUUAUGAUGAAUGAAAAUGGUGUAAACUAUGAAAGAAUAUGAAGUGCAAAAGAACAUGAUAUAUAAUACUCCCCUCGACGCACCAAUUCAAGGAUGAUGAAACAAAACCAUGGGAUUAGUUGAGAUUACAUCAAGGUUAAUUACUGUACUAUGACUAAUAUUGGAGCAUAUGAAGCCACUGCUCUGUUGAAGACUGUGGUUUUUAUUUGAACUGUUAUAUACAGUGAAUGAUAUUUGUAUCUAAAUAAUACUUCUGUUUGUUGGUUGAUAUGUGA